AUGUUGGGCAGGAUUGUAUUUCAAGGCAUGGGCGCGCGCGCCGUGAUUGCGCGCAUUCCACUUGCAAUGAUGCCGCUUCAAGUCGCGCGUAUCAGCACUACGCCCCUGAUGGCCAAGGCCGCGGCGUCCAAACCCAAGACUACAGCGUCCAAACCCAAGACCACAACCACGAAGCGCACGACCAAGAAGUCAGACUCUAUCAAGACUAGCCGCGCCGCCAAGGUCGAUAAGCCCUGGGUCUCGCGCGAUGAGCAAGGCAAUAUUUUGCCACUUCCUCUGGAGACAAAGCCCAAGCGCCGCACGUCUUUCUUGAUCUACUUUGCCGAGCGUCUGCCCAAGUUGAAGGAGCGUUCCGAGUUCCGCAAGGUGAGCCAGUCCACAGGAAAGGAUGUGGUGGAUGUGACAGCAGUCACGACCGCUGUUGGAAAGGAGUGGCAGGAACUCGGCACACAAGAAAAGCACCGUAUCGAGAAGCUCGCGGAGGACAACAAGAAGCAGUACGAAAAGGCAAUGCAUGCGUGGCAAAAAUCGCUGACCCCUAACGACAUUCGCCGCCAAAACUUGUAUCUUGCCCACCAGCGCAAGCUUGGCAAGAGCGUCCCAAGCAACCUCCGCGAUCCGAGCGCGCCAAAGCGCCCUCCUGGCGCAUUUUUCCUCUACGUCCAGCACCUCCGUGACAACGGCAAGGUGUCGGGGCUUGCGCAAGAAAUUUCGCGCGAAGCCGGCGCGAAGUGGAAGUCACUCUCUGCGAAGGAAAAGGAGCCGUUUGAGAAGCGUGCGCACGAUCAGUACGACGCAUACGCAAAGCAGAUGGACAAGUACAAAAAAGUUCACCCGUAA